AUGCCCCUAAAUGGGCAUAGCCGUCACCCCGUGACAACAAGCAAGGAACACGAUAGGCCCAGCAAGCGAGCUUGUUGGAGAUACUUCGGAACAGGAAGGUUCCAGGUGCACGGGAUCAGCGAUCACGUGAUGGACCGAGAGGAACGAGGUCGGCCCCCUCGGGGGAAGACCGAGAGGACCGACUGCGGCCCUCUCGGCCCUGAGCAGGAAGAUACAUUACAAGAAAUUGCUGUAGCGUCCAUUGACACCACAAUUGUGUGUAGUGGGAUCCAUUCAAUCUCUUGGAAAAUAUUUCGAGACGCUGCAUUCUUGCUGCGUCAUUGUCGGGUGCUCACCCGAGAACUCGAUCUGUGGAGGAUCUUCUGUCUGUACAACGUGACAUCUCAAGCCAGCGUUCAAACUUAUUCAGCACAUCUUGUUGACUGUAUCCAUGCAACGUAUGCUCGAUACGCAACUGAACCACGCGACAGGAUAUUUGGCUUAUUUGGCAUAUUAGACAUCAAAGUUCGAUUGGAAUUGCAAGAAUUGAAUUACUCUACCCCCUUGGGACGAAUAUUCCAAAAGGUGACGGAAAUGAUGAUCAAGGAGCACCCAUCCCUUGCGUAUCUCCAUUACAGCUCGUUUAUGAUCAGUAGUAUCGAUGAAACAGACAUUCCAUCUUGGGUUCUGUGGAUGGACAACAAUCCUCUGCAGGUGCUCCCCGAGCCUCUCCGGGAAUUUCAACUCAACGAAACUGGAGGAGUCAUAAUAACGAACUCCACAAUGAAAGUUUCGGGCUUCGUUUUGGACUUCGUUCUACACGCUACCGACAAUUUCUCUGUGGAGAAGUUUGGAAGACAGGUUCUCAAAUGCUAUGAAAAUUUAAUCGAAAUAUCAGCGAUUAUCAAAGAUCGAGACUCGCCACUCGACGUAUUGUGGCAAGCCUUUGCGUUGGAUGAAGAGGCUCCUACAGUGGACAGGCACAUCGCCUUCGCGGCCUGGCUAGCGGGCCUGAAGACGAAGAGAGGGGAUCGCACAACAGAUGAGAUCCAGGCUAUGUUGAACGACGACCCCUCAAUCAGAAAUCGCCUUGAGGACUCCAUGAUAGGAGAGUUUGUUGAUCAAGCUUCUAGCUAUCAUGAAGAUCUCUGCAAGGCCUACGUCGACAACGCAGGUGAAGGAAGAUUGUUCGAUUCCAAAAAGUGCCAAGGACGCAAUUUCUUCAUUACUCACCGAGGAUAUUGUGGUGUGGGACCUGCCGGAGACAGUCGUCCAGACAACGAUACUCCCGCAGUCCAAGUCGGAGACCUAAUCACCAUUCUCUCGACUGCAACCGCUCCGGUUACCUUGAGAAGGAUUGACGACGACUAUUUCAGACUAGUGGGCUUAGCUCAUGUACCGCACAUCAUCGAAGGCUCUGAGUUCCAAAAGGGAAUGUCAGAGGACUUGCAGGAGUUUUGGAUUCGCUGA